AUGGUGCUGGAAUCUUGGACGGCGAGGGUCGCCUUCGGCUUCCUGGCGGCUUUGCUGGCAUAUUUUUGGAAGAUCAACCGUGCCAUGUCAACGAUCCAUCCUGAGGCUCUGCGGGUGUCGCCGGAUCGAUGGACGCCAGAGAAACUCAAGCGUACCUUUGAGCGCCUGGUAGGAGGGCAGCUGGCUAUUCAGCUCAUUGCGCGCGGCCAUCCGCCAGAGGCUAUUCGAAUCAUUGACUUCCGUAAGCCUGGCCGCGACGACAUGAGUGAGGGUCCGAUAUCUAGAGUUGAUUUUGCUCAAGCCGACAUUUCUUCUGAAUCAGCAACCUCUGCCGCAUUUGGUAGAUCGUGGCCACAGUCGGUAGCACAUCUUCCAUUGACCGUAUUCCAUACCGCCGCAGUCAUUCGUCCCUCAGAGCGUAGCCAGCUGGUCUACGAACGUUGCUCCCUCGUCAACACUAGGGGAACCGCCCAUGUUCUUGCCGCAGCUAAGACUUCGGGAGCAGAUGUUCUCGUCUUUACCUCGUCUUGUAGUGUGGCCUUGAAACCUACUAAAUUCUUCAACGCUCCGUGGAGUCGGUGGCCGACGAACUUCUUCCAGGUCCUUGAUGAAGUAGACUUCAAGAAGCCGAUGCGUCCUCACGAAGAGUUCUUCGCCAACUAUGCCAGAAGCAAGGCCGAAGCCGAGCGACUCGUCUGCAGCGCGAACAAGGUGCCACAAGAUCCCACGCAGGCAGGGGGCUUUCGCACCGGCGCCAUCCGGCCAGGAAAUGCCAUUUACGGCCACAAGGACGAUUAUCUGGUUGGAGCGACAGUACGCAUGGCCAGUUUCCCUACCUUCACAGCGCCCUUUAUGCAGAACUGGGUCCAUGGGGCCAACGUGGCUCUGGCACAUCUGCAGUACGAAGCAGCCCUGCUCGGCCCUCACGCGCACAAAGUGGCUGCCCGCCCAUUCCUUGUCACAGAUGGAGGACCGCCUCCGGUUUUCAAGGACUUUUACACACUCGUGCAGUCGGUUAGCGUGACACCCUUUCACGUGCAAUAUCCGCCGCCACUGAUUUUGCUGCUCUUGGCUCAUUGCAUAGAGGCCUAUUGCUUGUUGCUUUGGAAGGUGCCAGCGUUGCAGAAUAUCUUCUCGGAACCCGGAUUGCCGUUGUACAUGCUGCAGCCCGCUUCCGUGGCAGGUGCCAUCAAUGCUAUUAUCAACGAUGCCGACGCUCGACGACGACCAGAGGAGGGCGGAUUGGGAUACCAGGCCAAGUGUACGACCAUGGAGGGACUGUGUAUGCAGCUCGGCGCAUGGAAUAAGUGGGUGAAGAGCGGAGGCGAGAAAGUCAGAAGCGAGAAGGGCAUCGUCAAGGAUGUUCUUGAAGUUGGAGUCGAGCCUGUUGCGAGGCGAGCAUGA